UAACCCAAGGGAGGUGAUAGUCUUGAUGAAACACAAAGCAAUUCGCGAGUUGUCCGCCCCUGCUCGGGUGAGACCGAGGCGGGCCAGUGCUCAGCUUUGACGGCUUUGUUGUGGGACCUGACGAUCGAUAUCCGGCUGGCCGCGCGACGCUGCUGCUUCUAGUGCUAUAAUCUAUGCUGCUAUCCAAGAUGGCGGAUCCUGUGUUGUGUCGAGUGUUCCAUAUUUGUGUUUUCAAAUGAAGAUCAUUUCUGAUAUUAAUUAACAAAUUAAAUUGCGAUUUAUUUUUAAAAACGUGUUUAUAUGAGGAUAGUUAAGCUGUCUUUAUAGUUUUAGCUUAGAUCAGCUAAAGUGCGGGGAGAUAUUUGUAUACCUGCAAACGAUUUGUGUGUCAUAGGUUAUUAAGAUAAACGUAGAUAGAUGCAAUGCAAAGGUACUUGUUUCCUAGCAAGGUCCACAGAAAAUCCUUCGACAAAUAACAAAUUUGUCAACGUCUUUCAGAUACAGGAGGCUUUGAAAAGGUCCAGUGACGACCAAAGCUCGCGCUGUGCCAGUGUGAGCUCCAUCCGGCCGUCCACCAGCCGACCCGUCAGCAGACGGCAGAGUGUCCCCCUCCCGGGCACCAAAACCAACCUCAAGGUCGUCCAUCCGAAGAUGAGCGAUCACCCACCUCACUCUAUGGCCUACCAAAAGAGAAACCGCACGACCCACAUGUGGACAGACGGCAGUCAGCUGAUGAGCCAGAGCCUGCCCAGUUCCAGCUUCCUACACCGGCAGUUCGCCAGCUCCGCCUCGUCCUCGCCUCGUUCUUCCAGGGACGCAACCUCCGAAAAGGCGUCUCCCGCGGGGAAGUCAGCCACAGCCCGCCCCAGCUCUUCCUACUCCUACGACGGUGGGUUUUUCGUCGGUGCUCACUCGGGACAAGCGGAGUACUUUGUUAUCCACCCGGAUUGGGUGUCCGAGGCCGUGACCAUCAAGAAAUUGUCCAUCGGCAGCAAGAGCAGCGGACCGCCGGUGUCCAAGAGCGCGAGUUUCAGGAACUGGGGCGGGCGACGGUGCCUGAGCGCGCCCCCUGCCAAGCGGAGAAACCCCAUCACGUGGGAUCAGUCUGAGCCAGUCGACAUACCGGAGAGACGAUAUUAAUGUAGCUAGUUUAUAUCCUUUUUCUUAACCAAUUUCCUUCUAGAGACUGUUGCUAUGAACAUUUGUGUCAUCCUGCCUUUUCAUUUGACGCUGGUUUUAUGUUAGUCUUGGUAUUUACAACUGAUCACGACAAAAAGGCCACAAAAAUCAAAAUAAAUUGUUUGGUGUUUAUUUAAAUUUGUUUUUAAAAGGUGGAAAACUUUCUUUACACGUCAAUAUUUGUGUCAACUAUUUCAGCUUAACUUGCUAUAAUUAUACCGAAAGAAAACAAAGCUGUAUAAAAUAAAACGUUGUAUGUUUGUAAGGAAUUGCAAUUGCUGAAUUUCCGUCUUCUUUUGAAAACUUACUGGGGAAAAAAAAGCUUUUGCUUUUCACAAUUAACUUGUGCUUAACAAUAGGAACCUAGUAUACAUUCAGUAAAUUUCAACAUUUUAUUUUUCAUAGUUUAAAUUCUUUAAGACUUAAUACAGAUUUUCUAAACACAUUUUUAUA